UCAUGUUUGUUUGUACUGCUGUAAAGCCCAUCAGUUUGAAUUAAUUUUUCUUUUUUCUGUAGAGGAGAUAUAGCAUUGGGGGAUAUAAGUAAAAGAGGGAUGAGUUCUUGGAAACCAGACUCCCUGAAGACAUCUGGGAUGCAUGGUGGAGCGGGAGAGUUAGGUGUCGUAAGGUUGAAGAAAUAUAACCGGUGUUCCAGCCUAAUUUCAUUUCCAGAAGGGUCCAAAUUCAAGUCUGGUUACCGUUUCACAGAUCCGGUCAGUGGAGCUCCUCCUCAAUAUGUCCAGCGGCUUUCUCAACUGGCUGCUUUGGAAUGUGAAACCAUUCAUCAUGAAAAAAGCAGAAAAACUAGGAAAGCCAAGAAACUUGAAAUGUAGAAAACCUACUGAGCAAGGAGCAGGCUCCUUUGCAGUUUUUUAAUGAGUUGGUAUUUUCUUGUCUGCUACUAUGUACAGAACCGCCUUUCAC